AUCUACAGCGUCGUAUCCGAUGUUGACAGGUACCAUGAAUUUGUGCCCAUGUGCAUCGCCUCGACUGUCUUCCAUGAUACAAAACAGGUUAUUCAGGAGUCUGGGAAGCAGCAUGAAAAGGUGCAGGCUGAACUGGUUGUCGGAUACCCACCGUUCCGCGAGCAAUAUACAUCGGUGGUGACAAUGGAGCGGCCGCAUAUUGUCAUUGCUGAGGCAGCACCUGGAUCCGGGAUGUUCAAGCAUAUGAAGACAGUGUGGGAGUUUGAGGAACACACGCAGGGAACUGCGCCGAUGAACCCGUUCAUGAAAGGCAAGGGUGAACAGACGCUGGUCAAAUUCGCAAUUGACUUUGAGUUCUCAUCGAUUUUGCAUGCGCAGGCAGCCACACUGGCAUUCGACAGGAUGGCUAAAUCCAACCUGGCCGCAUAUCUAGAGAGGUGCCGGGUGCUGUUUGGG